GGAAGCUUCACAUGGCUUGAUGGCUUGACCGCGGCACCGCCAUGGCAAAUGGCAGGAGCAAGUUGUCCGAUCGCAAUUUGCUGCAAGCUGCUUGUCAUGAGUUCCAGAAGGUGGACACCUACCACCGUGGCCUGAUCACCUCGGCCAACUUCGCCAAGGCUCUUGGAACUCUGGGCUUGAAAUAUGGACAGCCGGAGGUGGAUGAGAUUCUGCAGUAUUGCACUGUCACAGAUGAUGGAUAUGUCCACUACAAGGAGCUGCACAACGUGCUGUCGCCAGAUCAGCCCCGAGCAAAGCAGAGCAGCAUGAAGACCACCAUUUAUCCAAGUGAGGCUUCAGAAAUGAUGGCUUCGAGUGGCGAACGCAAUGGGUUUUAUGUAGCCAAGACGGAAGACAUUCGCAAGGUCUUUGCACUGUGGGAGAGGGGGCGAAUCUCCAGUGAACAGUUCAAGGAAGCAUUGCAAAGGUGUGGUGCACCGAUGACCGCGGAGCUGGACCGGCUUCUCCUUAUGUAUGGUCCUGCGAGAUCGAUGCCCUUCAGCAAGCUGAUGUAUGCCUUGCAGAUCGACGCUAACGAUGGAAGAAGAGCUCGAAAUGCGCACGGUGUUGCAGCCACGCCUUUCGAUCAAGCUCCUAUGCCAGGGGCUGGUGCUGCCACAGUCCAGCUUCAGUCAGAGCAACAGCGUUUCCAUCAAAGCACAUCCUCCAGGGAGAAGAUGGAGAAGGAGAAGAGGAGCGACCUGGCAAAUCCUUCUUCACUUCGACAGGUCAUUUGCGACUUUGUGGAUGGCCACAUCCCUGCAGUGACCUUCCGGAUGCAGCUCCAGCGUUUUGGAGUCGCCUUGACACAAGACUUGGAGAAAAUGAUCCGAACGCACGAGGGCGACAGCUCAGUGCGAUUUCAAGACUUUGCACGUGUACUUCUCCGUCAGGACAAGACAUCGGGUGCGUCCGGCUCCGUGACGCCCAGCGGCUAUCGGAGUGCAACACCCCGGAGCGAUGCGAUGUUUGCUAGAAGCGGCGGCAGUUCAGUGCGGAGUUCUUUGCCAUUUGGUCAAUGGGAUGACCUCCCUGAGCCCCAGCCAUCGCAACGGCCUUCCAUCGUGCCGGUUGCGCCUCCCUAUGCUACACAGGAGGCCGAGUCGGAGCUGCGGCGACCACCCGUUGCGUCGGCGUCGCGAGCACAAGGCCACCACGGAGAUAUCCUGGGCUGGAACCAAGCACCUCUGCGGGAGGAGCAGAAGGGCCCCACAGGACGCCGACACGUCACUGCGAGUUCAGGCCAAAGCUUCCUCCAGUGGCCAGCAGAAUCUCAGGACGAGGAACAGCGUCCUGGGAGGCGUCUCUAUGGGCAAGCUGCUUCAGCAUCCGAAUCUGCGCCCUAUGGCAGAUCCAGCGACGUGAGUCAACAUGUUUGUGAUCCUCGAAUGCCGGCGGCCCCGUUUGGCACAGAUCAAGACCUUCGCCUAAGACGUCCAGAGGAUGCAGGUACGGACGAGUACCGAGCAGCUCUUGGAGGCCUUCGGAGGUGACGGCAUGAGAGGAUCCAACUGAGGAUCAAAGUGAGAAGAACAAUGAAGAACU